AUGUACCCUAAAACUUGCACCUUGGAGGUGCUGGUGCGGCUGGGGGGGACUCCCGCUAGGGCGCUGCCUCUGGCUGGAGUCGAGGGCGGAGCGGUGCCGCGCCAUGUGAUCCCACCCAUUCCUUCCCUCCUGGACCCCAUUCCCCCUCCUCCUCCCCUCAAACAGGAGGGCGCUCCCCUUAGAGGCGAGGGUAGAGCGGUGCCGCGCCAUGCUAUCCCCCCCAUUCCUCCCCACCCCCAUCUUCCGCUUCCCCUCCCCCAGGAGGUGCUGCUGCGCCUGGCUGGCGCUCCCCUUAGAGGCGAGGGUAGAGCGGUGCCGCGCCAUGCUAUCCCCCCCAUUCCUCCCCCCCCCAUCUUCCCCCCGCUCCCCAAACAGGAGGUGCUGCUGCGCCUGGCUGUGACCCCUGCCAGGGCCCUUCCUCUGGAGGCGAGGGCGGAGAGGUGCCGAGCCAUGCGCGAGCUGAGGCCGUGUGGGGGCACCGUGCACCACUGCCUGCUGCCCUGCCGCCACGCCUUCACCCCCUUCUCUACUGUUCCUCCUCCCCUCCUUUCCCCCCUCCCCUCCCUCCCCUCCUCCCCUCCUCCCCUCCGCUGCUCCGCCUGCCCCGUCUGCCGCUGCCCCAUCGGGGCCCCUGCUGCUGGAGGGGGAGAAGCAGGGGGAGGGGGGUUCGCGCGGCAAUCAGGGGAGCGGAUUCACAUCCGUUUAUACGACGCGUGUGUAGACGCAGGCCUUGUCAGCCCUCUCAAAGACGUGGUUAAGGAUGCUGCUGGGUGGGGGGGCGGAGCAGCAGGGGGAGCGGGGGGAAGCGGCGGGGGGGUUGGGGGGCUGGGCGCGGACGCUCAGGGGUGCCCCAUGGACGUGCGGAGGCUGUUUGCCCUCUUUGACAUUGCGCUGGAUCGCGGGCUCGUCACCCUCAUCUGCCACUACGUGGAGGAGGUGUGCAUGGACGAAGCAGCAGUCUCCAGUGACCCGGUGCUCUCUCUCCUGCUGGACCCCAGGCUUGUGCUCGACUGGGCCCAGAGGACCUUCGCCGGGAUAAAGAGGACGCUCAGGGACCUAUACGCCUCUGGUAUCACGGAUCGUCGUAUGGAUGACGCCACCUGCCUGGCCAUGCGCCUGCAGGGGAUUUCUCAGGUGCUGGCAACACUGCAGGGCCCAGACGAUCCCCUGGCGCAGCAGCAGGCGCAGAUACAGCUGGGGGAAGGGGGAAGAGGGGGAAGCGGGGGGAGCGGCGGAACGGAGGGGCGCAAGGGGCACGAGUGGGAGGCAGGGAGGCUGGCAGAAGCGGUUGCAAGAGCCUCUCAGGGGUGGGAGAUGGGGGAAAGGGUGGAAGACACGGGAGGGAUGGGAAGGAGGGGGGAGGAAGGGCGCAAGGGGCAUGAGUGGGAGACAGUGGGCUGGGCUUCCAAGAAACAAUCCUUCGGAGGGCCUUUCUCCACCUGUCUCUCUCACUUCCCUCCUCCUCCUCACUUCCCUCCUCCUCCUCACUUCCCUCUUCCACCUCACUUCCCUCUUCCAUCUCACUUCCCUCCUCUUCCUCACUUCCCUCCUCCUCCUCACUUCCCUCCUCCUCCUCACUUCCCUCUUCCUCCUCACUUCCCUCUUCCACCUCACUUCCCUCCUCCUCCUCACUUCCCUCUACCUACUCACUCUUUCUUCCCCUUCCCACCCUCUAUGCCCCGUUUCACUUCUCCUGUCUGCUUGUCUGCCUGCCUGCCUCCCCCUCUCCACCAUGUCUGCCCCUCCUCCCCUUCCCCCCCCUUUCCACCAUGUCUGCCCCUCCUCCCCUUCUCCACAACACAGCAUCUAGACGUGAUGCAGUGGGCUGCCAAAAACCGUUUCUUUGAGGGCCUCCCUCCCCGCCACUCGUCGCACGCCACGUGGCGCUCCGUGAUUCGCCAGAGAAAGCAGGCUGCCAACGAAACGGCCUGGCCGGAGUUCCUUGGCGUAUCUGCUGCUGCUGGCGCUGCUGGCUCCGUGCUUGGGGCAGGGGCAGGGGAAAGAGGCGGGGGCGUAAGUGGGGGAGGGGGAGGGGGAGGCGGGGGGGCAAAGGAGCAGCAGCAGCAGCAGCAGCAGCAGCAGCAGAAAGGGAAGCUUUUUAUCGAGGAAGCAAUAGAUAGCCUCAGGGAAAGCAGCCGAGAAGGCAGUAAGGAGAGCGCAAGUGGUGCAUCUGAUUCCCCUUUGCUGUUGAGUUGCGACCAGCUUGAUUUGCUGCCUCUCAAGCAGCUGGUACCCACCGCACCACCUGCUGCUUCCGGGAAGUUUCUGCUGCAGGGAGGGAGCCCUGGGUUAGUGGGUGGAGCAGGAGGAGGAGGAGCAGCAGCGGUGGGGUUUCAAUACCCGCCGGAGAAUUUCCGGGCAGCUGUGGAUUUUUUGUUUCUGGAGGCGGGGGCUUAUCUAGCUCUGGCCAAGAAAGCAAUUCUGCUCUAUUACCUCAUCAAUCGCUUCUACCAGGGAGGGCAGAGCGAUAGCCAGCAGCGGUGGUGGCGCGGGCUGGUGGAGGUGGAGACGUCAAUUCCUCUAUUACCUCAUCGACCGCUUCUACCAGGGAGGGCAGAGCGAGGGCCAGCAGCGGUGGCGACUGGCGGAGGAUUGAGUAACCUCCUCUUUUUACCCUUCUCCUCGCUCCUCGUCACUCCCUUCCUGUUAUUUCCCCAGUUGCUCUACUACCUCAUUGAUCGCUUCUACCAGGGAGGGCAGAGCGAGGGCCAGCAGCGGUGGCGGGGGCUGUUCCUGUAUUACCUCAUUGACCGCUUCUAUCAGGGAGGGCAGAGCGAGGGGCAGCAGCGGUGGCGGGGGAUGGUGGAGGACUUUGGGGCGUGCAUGGACGUGGGUGAUGGGCACGUCGUGGAGACGAUGGUGAUGGUGAUGCUCGAUGAAUGCACUGAAGAGGGAUUGAAGGAUGCUUGCUCUCUGAUACCGCGCCUCAUCUCCCUCUCCUCUCCCUCCUCCUCCUUCUCCCCAUCCUCCUCGGCCCCUCCCAUCCAUCCCCGGAUCGCUCGAGUCCUCAUCGAACGAGGCAAGUCCGAGCCUGCGCUCCAGAUCCUACGAGCCUGCAGCCCAGGCCCGGCAAUAUUCCAAGCCAGCAGCACCCCAGGCUCGGCAACCUCCGUUUUCCCGGACCUGGCGGUGCCUCUAGAGGAAGCAGUGACUGCGCUGCGCGUGCUUAUAGAGAAUCGGCUCUUAACAGAGGUUUUUCUGUACCUUCGAGCCUACUGCAAGCAACUAAGUAUCAACGACCCCUCCUCCCCUCACCCACUUGCUGAUGCUCCUGACUCUGCUGAUGCUGCUGAUGGUUCCGAUGCCGCUGUUGCUGCUGCUGUUGGGAGUGUUUAUAACGAAGCAGCGAAAAGUGCUUAUACAGAAGCAGUGGAUGUGCUUGUAUCGGAGCUCUUCUGGCUGGCAGUGAGGCACCAGGCAGUGCCCGAAGUGCUGGCGUUCCCCUGGAGGGGCAGGGAGGGAGCAGUGCUGCAGCGCUGCCUGCUGACUCGCACAGCACAGCAACCCGAGGGGGCGUGCGGCACUCUGCUCGUGCUAUUUCAUGUGGAGGUAAGGAGCAAGCUUGUGUAUGUAGGGGGGGUUCGUGUGGGGUCACAGGGAGGCAGCGGUGCUGCAGCGCUGCCUGCUGACUCGCACGGCACAGCAACCCGAGGGGGCGUGCGGCACUUUACUUGUUAUCUUCCAUGUGGAGGGCUCGUUACAAGGAUUUCGAGUCCGUGCUUCAACUCAUCGCUCCUUUCGAGCGACAGCAGAUCAUCCAAGCACACGGCGAACCCUCUGCCUUCCCCACCACCACCUUCCCCACUCACCCCCUCUCCGUCUCCCGUCUUCCCCCACCUUUCCCAGGAGUCAGUGCUUCAACUCAUCGCUCCCUCUGAGCGCCAGCAGAUCAUUCAAGCACAUGGCGAACCCUCUGCUUUCCCCACCACAGCCAUCCCAGCCAGAACAGGUCCAGUCAAACCAGACACCAAGAGCCUCCCUAAGGGUAUUUCCAAAGGGCUUUCCACCACAGCUUUCCCACGCAAGCCCAUGCAGUCAGCUCAGUCGCCCACAGCUAAGCCCUCCUCUCCCAAGGCGGCUCCCUCUCCCCACUUUGGCUCUCCGAUACUUGGGGGUGCGGGGGGAGCGAAUUCCCUCUCAGGCUCCCCCCUCUCGUUCCCGAAAUCUUCUAGCAAAUCUCAACAGCAGCAACAGCAGCAGCAGCAGCAGCAGCAGCAGCAGCAGCAGCAGCAGCAGCAGCAGCAGCAGGCAUUGUCGCUCUUCUCCUUCCCCCCAGCUCCCGCCUCCCCUCCUCCUUUCACUUCAACUGCCCCCGCUGCCCCCGCUGCUCCCACUGGUUUCGGCCAAUCAGAUCUCCCUCUCCAGCGCAAAAUUUUCGGAUCCGGGCAGUUCGGGCAGCAAGGGCCCGUAGGUGUCGCCCCAGCGCCCUUAGCAAGAGGGGCAACAGCGCCAGUACCCGUGGGAAAUGCGCAGGUGUUGCAUCAGAACCCCCUGUUUGGCAUGCGAGUUUCUCAGGACGGAUCCGAGCCUGAUACCACACAGUCACAGGAAGGGGCCAGGGGUGGGACAGAGGGAGGGUUGAGUGGUGCUGCUGGUGAUAAGGGCCUGAGUGCUGCUGCUGCUGCUGCUGCUGCUGCUGCUGGUUCUGCUGCUGCUGCAACAACCUCUGCUGCUGCUGCUGCCGGUCCUGCUGGUUCGGCAGCCCCAUUGUUUGGUUCGGGAAGCAGUAUGUUCGGAGGAGGCAGCCAAUCAGGAGGAAGCGCUUUGUUCGGGGGAGUUGGGGUGACCUCGUUUGGUAAGGCCAAGGGCGUGGGUCAUUUCACCACCAGCAACACCAACAGCGGCAGCAGCAACGACCCUGCUGCAGCUUUCAAGGACUCGGUUGGUGUGUUCAGGCCCUUUCCUGAGGUGAAAACCGCAGCAACAGGAGCACCUGCAAGCCAGGCUGCAUUUGCACCAGGCCAACCAUCGGCGUCAAGCAUAUUUGCAUCAUCAGCACCACCAGCAUUCGGAUCGUCAGCACCAGCAUUUGGGACAUCAGCACCCGCAUUCGGAUCAUCGGCACCCGCAUUCGGAUCAGCAGCAGCACCACCAUUCUCUUUCGCAUCUGCAAACCCCUCUAGCCCUUUCUCCCAGAAGGGUCCCGACUCCUCUGCUGCUGCAAGUGCUGCUGCUGCUGCUGCUGCUGCUGCUGCUGCUGCUGGACAGCCCUCUCCCUUCCCCUCCCCUCCGCCUUUCAACUUUGCAAACCCAACGGGCACGAUGGCAACGUUUGGAAAGCCUUCUGGUGACGUGGCGAUGCGUGGCGCCGCCCGUGGUGACGUGGCAACGCGUGACGCACCCCGUAGUGAUGUGGCGAUGCGUGACACCACCCGUAGUGACGUGGCGAUGCGUGACGCACCCCGUAGUGACGUGGCGAUGCGUGGCACUGCCCGUAGUGACGUGGCGAUGCGUGACGCUGUCCGUGGUGACGUGGCAACGCGUGACGCACCCCAUAGUGACGUGGCAACGCGUGACGCACCCCGUAGUGAUGUGGCGAUGCGUGACGCACCCCGUAGUGACGUAGCGAUGCGUGGCACUGCCCGUAGUGACGUGGCGAUGCGUAUUGCUGCCCGUGGUGACGUGGCAACGCGUGACGCACCCCAUAGUGACGUGGCAACGCGUGGGGCACCCCUUAGUGACGUGGCGAUGCGUGACGCACCCCAUAGUGACGUGGCGAUGCGUGGAGCCGCCCGUAGUGACGUGGCAACGCGUGACGCACCCCAUAGUGACGUGGCGAUGCGUGACGCACCCCGUAGUGACGUGGCGAUGCGUGACGCACCCCCUAGUGACGUGCCGAUGCGUGACGCACCCUGUAGUGACAUGGCGACCCGUUGCGCACCCCAUAGUGACGUGGCGAUGCGUGGCACCGCCCGUAGUGACGUGGCGAUGCAUGGCGCUGCCCGUGGUGACGUGGCAACGCGUGACGCACCCCGUAGUGACGUGGCGAUGCGUGACGCACCCCGUAGUGACGUGGCGAUGCGUGAGGCACCCCCAAGUGACGUGGCGAUGCGUGACGCACCCCGUAGUGACGUGGCGAUGCAUGGCGCUGCCCGUCGUGACGUGGCGAUGCUUGGCACUGCCUGUAGUGACGUGGCGACGCGUGACGCACCCCGUAGUGACGUGGCGACGCGUGGCGCAAUCCGUAGUGACGUGGCGAUGCGUGACGCACCCCAUAGUGACGUGGCGAUUCGUGACGCAUCCCAUAAUGACGUGGCAAUGCGUGGCGCCGCCCGUAGUGACGUGGCAAUGCAUGGCGCUGCCCGUGGUGUUGUCGCAACGCGUGACGCACCCCGUAGCGACGUGGCGAUGCGUGACGCACCCCGUAGUGACGUGGCGAUGCGUGACGCACCCCCAAGUGACGUGGCGAUGCGUGACGCACCCCGUAGUGACGUGGCGAUGCAUGGCGCUGCCCGUCGUGACGUGGCGAUGCGUGGCACUGCCCGUAGUGACGUGGCGACGCAUGACCCACCCCGUAGUGACGUGGCGACGCGUGGCGCACCCCCUAGUGACGUGGCGACGCGUGACGCACCCCAUAGUGACGUGGCGAUUCGUGACGCACCCCAUAAUGACGUGGCGAUGCGUGGCGCCGCCCGUAGUGACGUGGCAAUGCAUGGCGCUGCCCGUGGUGACGUGGCAACGCGUGACGCACCCCGUAGUGACGUGGCGAUGCGUGACGCACCCCGUAGUGACGUGGCGAUGCGUGACGCACCCCAUAGUGACGUGGCGAUGCGUGACGCACCCCAUAGUGAUGUGGCGAUGCGUGACGCACCCCAUAGUGACGUGGCGAUGCGGGACGCACCCCAUAGUGACGUGGCGAUGCGUGACGCACCCCAUAGUGACGUGGCGAUGCGGGACGCACCCCAUAGUGACGUGGCGAUGCGGGACGCCGCCCGUAGUGACGUGGCGAUGCAUGGCGCUGCCCGUGGUGACGUGGCAACGCAUGACGCACCCCAUAGUGACGUGUUGAUUCGUGACGCACCCUGUAGUGAUGUGGCGAUGCGUGACGCACCCCGUAGUGACGUGGCGAUGCGUGGCACUGCCCGUAGUGACGUGGCGAUGCGUAUCGCUGCCCGUGGUGACGUGGGAACGCGUGACGCACCCCAUAGUGACGUGGCAACGCGUGGGGCACCCCUUAGUGACAUGGCGAUGCGUGACGCACCCCAUAGUGACGUGGCGAUGUGGGGCGCACCCCGUAGUGACGUAGCGAUGCGUGAUGCACCCCAUAGUGACGUGGCGAUGCGUGGCGCCUCCCGUAGUGACGUGGCAACGCGUGACGCACCCCGUAGUGACGUGGCAACGCGUGACGCACCGCGUAGUGACGUGGCGAUGCGUGACGCACCCCCUAGUGACGUGCCGAUGCGUGACGCACCCUGUAGUGACAUGGCGACGCGUUGCGCACCCCAUAGUGACGUGGCGAUGCGUGGCACCGCCCGUAGUGACGUGGCGAUUCAUGGCGCUGCCCGUGGUGACGUGGCAACGCGUGACGCACCCCGUAGUGACGUGGCGAUGCGUGACGCACCCCGUAGUGAUGUGGCGAUGCGUGAGGCACCCCCAAGUGACGUGGCGAUGCGUGACGCACCCCGUAGUGACGUGGCGAUGCAUGGCGCUGCCCGUCGUGACGUGGCGAUGCUUGGCACUGCCUGUAGUGACGUGGCGACGCGUGACGCACCCCGUAGUGACGUGGCGAUGCGUGGCGCACUCCGUAGUGACGUGGCGAUGCGUGACGCACCCCAUAGUGACGUGGCGAUUCGUGACGCAUCCCAUAAUGACGUGGCAAUGCGUGGCGCCGCCCGUAGUGACGUGGCAAUGCAUGGCGCUGCCCGUGGUGUUGUGGCAACGCGUGACGCACCCCGUAGUGACGUGGCGAUGCGUGACGCACCCCGUAGUGACGUGGCGAUGCGUGACGCACCCCCAAGUGACGUGGCGAUGCGUGACGCACCCCGUAGUGACGUGGCGAUGCAUGGCGCUGCCCGUCGUGACGUGGCGAUGCGUGGCACUGCCCGUAGUGACGUGGCGACGCAUGACGCACCCCGUAGUGACGUGGCGACGCGUGGCGCACCCCCUAGUGACGUGGCGACGCGUGACGCACCCCAUAGUGACGUGGCGAUUCGUGACGCACCCCAUAAUGACGUGGCGAUGCGUGGCGCCGCCCGUAGUGACGUGGCAAUGCAUGGCGCUGCCCGUGGUGACGUGGCAACGGGUGACGCACCCCGUAGUGACGUGGCGAUGCGUGACGCACCCCGUAGUGACGUGGCGAUGCGUGACGCACCCCAUAGUGACGUGGCGAUACGUGACGCACCCCAUAGUGACGUGGCGAUGCGUGACGCACCCCGUAGUGACGUGGCGAUGCGUGACGCACCCCGUAGUGACGUGGCGAUGUGUAACGCAACCCGUAGUGACGUGGCGAUGCGUGGCACUGCCCGUAGUGACGUGGCGAUGUGUGAUGCUGCCUGUGGUGACGUGGCAACGCGUGACGCACCCCAUAGUGACGUGGCAACGCGUGACGCACCCCAUAGUGACGUGGCGAUGCGUGACGCACCCCAUAGUGACGUGGCGAUGCGUGACGCACCCCGUAGUGACAUAGCGAUGCGUGACGCACCCCAUUGUGACGUGGCGAUGCGUGGCGCCGCCCGUAGUGACGUGGCGAUGCAUGGCGCUGCCCGUGGUGACGUGGCAACGCGUGACGCACCCCAUAGUGACGUGUUGAUUCGUGACGCACCCUGUAGUGAUGUGGCGAUGCGUGACGCACCCCGUAGUGACGUGGCGAUACGUGGCACUGCCCGUAGUGACGUGGCGAUGCGUAUCGCUGCCCGUGGUGACGUGGGAACGCGUGACGCACCCCAUAGUGACGUGGCAACGCGUGGGGCACCCCUUAGUGACGUGGCGAUGCGUGACGCACCCCAUAGUGACGUGGCGAUGUGGGGCGCACCCCGUAGUGACGUAGCGAUGCGUGACACACCCCAUAGUGACGUGGCGAUGCGUGGCGCCUCCCGUAGUGACGUGGCAACGCGUGACGCACCCCGUAAUGACGUGGCAACGCGUGACGCACCCCGUAGUGACGUGUCGAUGCGUGACGCACCCCCUAGUGACGUGCCGAUGCGUGACGCACCCUGUAGUGACAUGGCGACGCGUUGCGCACCCCAUAGUGACGUGGCGAUGCGUGGCACCGCCCGUAGUGACGUGUCGAUGCGUGGCGCUGCCCGUGGUGAUGUGGCAACGCGUGGCGCUGCCCGUGGUGACGUGGCGACGCGUGACGCACCCCAUAGUGAUGUGGCGAUGUGUGACGCACCCCGUAGUGACGUGGCGAUGCAUGACGCACCCCGUAGUGACGUGGCGAUGCGUGGCACUGCCCGUACUGACGUGGCGACGCAUGACGCACCCCGUAGUGACGUGGCGACGCGUGGCGCACCCCGUAGUGACGUGGCGACGCGUGACGCACCCCAUAGUGACGUGGCGAUGCGUGACGCACCCCGUAGUGACGUGGCGAUGCGUGACGCACCCCGUAGUGACGUGGCGAUGUGUAACGCAACCCGUAGUGACGUGGCGAUGCGUGGCACUGCCCGUAGUGACGUGGCGAUGUGUGAUGCUGCCUGUGGUGACGUGGCAACGCGUGACGCACCCCAUAGUGACGUGGCAACGCGUGACGCACCCCAUAGUGACGUGGCGAUGCGUGACGCACCCCAUAGUGACGUGGCGAUGCGUGACGCACCCCGUAGUGACAUAGCGAUGCGUGACGCACCCUUUGACGUGGCGAUGCGUGGCGCCGCCCGUAGUGAUGUGGCGAUGCGUGGCGCUGCCCGUGGUGACGUGCAACGCGUGACGCACCCCGUAGUGACUGACAUGGCGACGCGUUGCGCACCCCAUAGUGACGUGGCGAUGCGUGGCACCGCCCGUAGUGAUGUGGCAAUGCGUGGCGCUGCCCGUGGUGACGUGGCAACGCGUGACGCACCCCGUAGUGACGUGGCGAUGCGUGACGCACCCCGUAGUGACGUGGCGAUGCGUGACGCACCCCCAAGGGACGUGGCGAUGCGUGACGCACCCCGUAGUGACGUGGCGAUGCAUGGCACUGCCCGUCGUGACGUGGCGAUGCGUGGCACUGCCCGUAGUGACGUGGCGACGCGUGACGCACCCCGUAGUGACGUGGCGAUGCGUGGCCCCCUCGUAGUGACUGACGUGGCAAUGCAUGGCGCUGCCCGUGGUGACGUGGCAACGCGUGACGCACCCUGUAGUGACGUGGUGAUGCGUGACGCACCCCGUAGUGACGUGGCGAUGCGUGGCGCACCCCAUAGUGACGUGUCGAUGCGUGGCACUGCCCAUAGUGACGUGACGAUGCGUGACGCUGCCCGUGGUUACGUGGCAACGCGUGACGCACCCCAUAGUGACGUGGCAACGCGUGACGGACCCCGUAGUGACGUGGCGAUGCGUGACGCACCCCGUAGUGACGUGGCGAUGCGUGGCACUGCCCGUAGUGACGUGGCGAUGCGUGACGCUGCCCGUGGUGACGUGGCAACGCGUGACGCACCCCAUAGUGACGUGGCAACGCGUGACGCACCCCUUAGUGACGUGGCGAUGCGUGACGCACCCCAUAGUGACGUGGCGAUGCGGGACGCACCCCGUAGUGACGUAGCGAUGCGUGACGCCUCCCCAUAG